AUGCAAGACGAUACUGAUCAGGUGUUAAACCAAACAAUAGAGAAGCAGAAAUUAAGUUGGUCUCUUGUGUAUAUGGAGUUUCAAGGGAAGAAGCAAACCAUCCUCUGCCUGUCCUUUGUGACCUUGUUUAGCCUUCUAGGUCUCUUGUGUGCUGAAAUUGAUGGCAGUCCCAAUAUUGUUGUGGAAGAGGUUCAUGUUGGUGUGAUUCUUGAUAUGGGGUCAAGGGAAGGAAAGAUUAUUCUCAGCUGCAUUUCAACAGCCCUGUCUGAUUUCUACCAUCUGCAUAACAACUACAGCACAAGAGUAAUUCUGCACACCAGAGAUUCCAAAGGAAAAGCUCUACAUGCUUUAUCAGCUGCUCUAAAUCUUUUGGAUGAGAACAAAGUGGAAGCAAUUAUUGGUGCACAAACAAGAAUGGAAGCAAACCUAUUGGCAGAGUUAGGAGAAGAAGCUAAAGUCCCUGUAUUGUCACUUUCUGAACUUCGUACUAGUCCUUUCGGUGCUCCUGGCGAAUAUCCCUUCUUUGUUGAGAUCACACAAGAUGAAACUUCUCAAGUUACGGCAAUCAGUGGCCUUAUUGAAAUGUUCAAAUGGAGGGAUGUCAUCAUUCUAUAUGAGAACACAGAUUAUGGGAGAGACAUCAUUCCAUUUUUUAUCAACUCCUUUGAAGAAGCAAAUGUGACUAUUGUAUAUAAAAGUUGCAUUGCUGCCUCCUCAGCAGAUGAACAGAUCAUUGAAGAGCUCGGCAACCUCACAAAGUUGAAGACAACGGUAUUUGUGGUGCAUGUAUCACAUUUUCUUGUUCCUCGCCUUUUCUUGAAUGCAAAAAAGUUAGGCCUACUGAGUGAAGGGUAUGCUUGGAUCCUGACAUCAACUAGCAUGAAUUUCUUGCAUUCUUCCAUGGACCCAUCUGUAAUUGAGUCAACGCAAGGAGUGCUCGGUUUGAAGUCUUAUACUCCAGCAUCAACCCGCCUCCACAAUCUUACUUCAAGAUUGAGGAGGAUAUUUUACAUGCAGGAUCCCAACAUAGAAGUAAGUGCGGUAACCCCAGAUGGAAUUUGGGCAUAUGAUGCAACUUGGGCUCUAGCUGAUGCAGUUGAGAGGACCUGGACUUCUACAGGAUUGAACCUAGUGAAUUUAAACAAUAUUACAUCCUCCAAACAUGGACUUCUGCUUCUUCAAGAGAUAUUGCAAACAAGGUUUAAGGGUUUAAGCGGUGAAGAAAUUCAAUAUCCAAAUGGGAAGCUAGUUUCAAGUGCAUUUGAGAUUGUGAAUGUUAUAGGAAAAGGGGAAAGAAGGGUUGGAUUUUGGCCAUGUGAAGAAAAACACACAAGAGAUUCCUACCCACUUGAUAACAGAAGAAAUUUACUUUCCACCAACGAUCUCGAAACAAUCAUAUGGCCUGGAGGAUCAUCAACCAUCCCAAAAGGUUCAAAGAUGCAAGUGAGUACUAGUUCUGAAAUAAAACUAAGAGUUGGCGUUCCAGUGAAAAAAGGGUUCAACGAACUUGUGCAUAUCAACCUUGAUAUUCAAACCAAUCAAACAAAUUUCACAGGCUUCUGCAUAGAUGUAUUCGAGGCUGCAAUUAGAGCAUUGCCGUAUGAAACAUUCGAUGCUGUUGUUGGGGAUACCACGAUCACAUCGGAGAGAUCUCAGUAUGUUGAUUUUACAAUACCAUAUACUGACUUGGGUGUGGGGAUGCUAGUAUCAAAUGAAAAUGAAGACAUGUGGAUUUUCUUGAAACCUCUUUCGGCAGAUCUGUGGAUCACAAGUGCGGGUUUCUUUAUCUUCACUGGUUUCGUUGUGUGGGUAAUUGAGCAUCCUGUCAACCCAGAAUUCCAAGGCACACAUUCGCAGCAAAUCGGAACCAUAUUAUGGUUUGCCUUCUCAACCCUUGUGUUUGCUCAUAGGGAGAAGUUGUUAAACAAUUUAGCAAAGUUUGUAGUGAUCAUAUGGGUGUUUGCUGUGCUUAUAUUGACUUCCAGUUACACAGCAACUCUGACAUCAAUUAUGACAGUCAACCAAAUACAAUUAAGCUCAAGAGGAAACUAUAUAGGUUACCAUACAGGUUCAUUAAUCAGUCAGCGAGUGGUAGAGAACUUGAAUUUCAAAGGUGUUAAACCCUAUAAUUCGAUUGAAGAAUAUGGUCUCGCUUUAUCAAGAGGAAGUAAGCAUGGUGGUGUCUCUGCUAUAGUUGACGAGGUUCCAUACAUUAAGAUCUUCCUUGCACACUAUCCUACUAGCUACUCCAUGAUUAAACCCGAAUCUAGCACCAAUGGUUUUGGCUUUGUUUUCCCUAAAGGUUCGAAACUGGUCCAUGAUAUGUCAAGGCAAAUUCAACAAAUGAGAGAAGAGGGAAAGCUUAUAGAUAUGGAGAAGGUCUGGUUUCAUAAGAGAACAAUUCCCAUGUUUGACUACACAACGAGUGAUCCCAAUACUCUAAACUUCCAUACCUUCCGUGGUUUAUUUCUCAUUACUGGGGUUUCUUCAGCUUUUGCUCUUUUCAUAUUCAUAAUAUUCCCACUCAAAGAAAGAUGGUAUGCGGUGAAGAAAUUCAGAUUUAGAUAUCGGGUUCGAGAAAAGCUGCAGUGUGUAAGGAAGUUCUUCUCUCACAAAGUUUCCAAUGAAAACGAAGAAAACAAGUAG